AACCAAGAAUGCCAUCAGAGCCGGGGACCCUAAAAAAACCUCCGCAAACCCUAGCCGCUCUCCCCAAAAGCCGCCGCCAUGGGUCGCCGCCCCGCCCGUUGCUACCGCCAGAUCAAAAACAAACCCUACCCCAAGUCCCGCUUCUGCCGCGGAGUCCCCGACCCGAAGAUCCGAAUCUACGACGUCGGCAUGAAGAAGAAAGGCGUCGACGAGUUCCCGUUCUGCGUCCACCUCGUCUCCUGGGAGAAGGAGAACGUCUCCAGCGAGGCUCUCGAGGCGGCGCGUAUCGCGUGUAACAAGUACAUGGCCAAGUUCGCCGGCAAAGACGCGUUCCAUCUACGCGUUAGGGUUCAUCCUUUCCAUGUGCUCCGCAUCAACAAGAUGCUCUCCUGCGCCGGAGCCGAUAGGCUUCAGACUGGUAUGAGGGGAGCGUUUGGGAAGCCUCUUGGGACUUGCGCUAGGGUUGAUAUCGGACAGGUGUUGCUCUCUGUGAGGUGCAAGGACAGCAACAAGAACAAUGCUUGUGAGGCUCUCAGGAGGGCUAAGUUCAAGUUCCCCGGUCGCCAGAAGAUCAUUGAGAGCAGGAAGUGGGGAUUUACCAAGUUCAACCGUGUUGACUAUGUGAGAUUGAAGUCAGAGAAACGCAUCCUUCCUGAUGGUGUCAAUGCUAAGCUCUUGGGAUGCCACGGUUCUUUGGCUCUGCGUAAACCUGGGGAAGCAUUCAUUGACGCUGCUGCUUAGAAUCUCGUCUAGGAAUUGAAUUCGUGUGAUCCAAUUUCUGUUUGUGCUUUAAAUUCUGUUUGACUCUGAAAGUUUCAAUUAUUUUAAAUUUGCAUUUGUACUUUAAUGACUGAAAAGAUUAUGUCUUUCAUUUGGUACGCAAGUUUUGGGAAAUAUAUCUCAGUUAUGUCUUUCAUUUGGUACGCAAGUUUUGGGAAAUAUAUCUCAGUUAGUAUUUUGCUUGAACGAUAUGUUUGCUGUUGAAGGCCUAAUUUAAGUUAUCAGAAAGCUUUUCUUUAGCAAAGUGUCUUCAACAUAUAACUCUAGCCAAAUCAUAUCACAUUUUCACAUAUUUGGUGGAUAACGUU